CCUCGUGGGAUCCUGGGAACUGUAGUUCCAAAGCGCCGCGUAGCCUGGACACUUCCGCUGUCCGAUGUUAAGCCCACGGCCUGCGCUUCUCUUAGGGAGGUGAGUGACUUGGAAACCCCUCGACCUCUUUUGACAUUUAUGGCCUACUCGUAGGAUCAGUGAGACCCGCCCUUGGUCCCUGAGGAAGAAGCCGCGGCAGACGGCGGAGGGCGGCAGUGAGGGGUAGUGAGCGGCUGUCUGGCAUCCGCUCUCCCGAGCCCCUGUCUUUGGGGCCGUUUGCGGAUUCCCGGCUCGGAGGGACCUGGAUCCGACUGCGUUUGUGGAUCUCGUCGGUUCUCCGCUGCCCAGCCUGCUUUCCUUCACCUCCCUCACGUCCUAUCGCGGCUAGCGGCGUAAAGAAACAACGGAGAGAGGAGAUUCAGACACUGGCUCUGGCACGAGAGCCGGACUCAGGGGUCACUCCUGCCCUUGGACCUCACCUGCUCAGUGGGGGCAGCAGUCGUCGACUUCAGUGCUGAGAACUUCCUGAAAUGUCAGCUGAGAAUAGGCACAGAGGUUUAGGUGGUGGAACCAAGGUCCCAGGACUGGCGCCGCAGUAGGACAACAGGACCCAGCCAUUUCCCAGAAGGGAGAGGACAGAAUGCCCAAGUUCAAGGGGACAGUGACCUUCAGGGACGUGGCCGUGGUCUUCAGCGAGGAGGAGCUGGGGCUGCUGGACUCUGCCCAGACGAAGCUGUACCGAGACGUGAUGCUGGAGAACUUCAGGAACCUGCUCUCUGUGGGAGACCAAAGUCUAAAUGAGAUGGAGAUUCUCCAAGAAGUAGGCUCAAGGUACCUGCCACAUGAAGAGCCUUUCUGCUCACAGAUCUGGCAGCAAGUUACAAGGGAGUUAACCAGAUGUCAAGAGUCUAUGGUGAAUAUUCAAGGAACUGGCUCUCAGUUGACAAAACUAGAUGAGGUACCCUAUGAAGAUGAAGAUUUCAAUAAACACUUUAAUCAGAGUUCACAUCUUCAGGUUCACCACAGAGUGCAUGGUGGUGCAAAACUUUACAAAGGGGAGCUGUGUGAGAAAGGUUCCAUUUGGGACUCUCAUCUCCAAGUGAACCAGAGAGCCCGUGUAGGAGAAAAGCCCUACAAAUGUGAAAAAUGUGAUGGCACCUUCCGUCGGUUUUCAAGUCUUCAAGCCCAUCAGAGAGUGCAUGGCAGAGUGAAACCAUACAAACCUGAUUUAUCACGCAAGGCUUUCAGUCAGAGGUUCCAGUUUCAGCACCAUCAGAGACUCCUGACAGGAGGUAACCCACACAAGUACGAGGAAUGUGGGAAGAACGCCGGAAAAAGCUCACAUCGCCAGGCUCCUCUGAUAAUCCACCCAAGAGAGACACCCUAUAAAUGUGAGGCGUGUGGGCUGGGCUUUAGUCAGAUCUCAUAUCUUCAGGUUCAUCAGAGGAUCCACAAUGGAAAGAAACCUUACAGAUGUGAAGAGUGUGGGAAGGGCUUCAGUUGGCGUUCACGACUACAGGCCCAUCAGCGAAUCCACACUGGGGAGAAACCAUACAAGUGUGAUGCCUGUGGCAAGGGCUUUAGUUACAGCUCACACCUUAACAUUCACUGCAGAAUCCACACAGGAGAGAAACCCUACAAAUGUGAGGAGUGUGGGAAAGGCUUCAGUGUAGGUUCGCACCUGCAGGCCCAUCAGAUAAGCCACACUGGAGAGAAGCCAUACAAAUGUGAGGAGUGUGGGAAGGGCUUCUGUCGGGCCUCAAAUCUUCUGGACCAUCAGAGGGGCCACACGGGAGAGAAACCGUACCAGUGUGAUGCUUGUGGGAAAGGCUUCAGCCGGAGCUCAGAUUUUAACAUUCAUUUCAGAGUCCACACAGGAGAAAAACCCUACAAAUGUGAGGAGUGUGGGAAGGGCUUCAGCCAGGCUUCAAAUCUUCUAGCCCAUCAGAGAGGCCACACAGGAGAAAAACCGUACAAAUGUGGUACAUGUGGGAAGGGCUUCAGUCGGAGUUCGGAUCUGAACGUUCACUUUAGGAUCCACACAGGAGAGAAACCCUACAAGUGUGAGAAGUGUGGCAAGGCCUUCAGUCAGUUCUCAAGUCUCCAGGUACAUCAGAGAGUCCACACCGGAGAGAAGCCGUACCAGUGUGUAGAGUGUGGGAAGGGCUUCAGUGUGGGGUCACAGCUUCAAGCCCACCAGAGGUGCCACACCGGAGAGAAACCGUAUCAGUGUGAGGAGUGUGGAAAGGGCUUCUGUCGGGCCUCAAAUUUUCUUGCUCAUCGCGGAGUUCACACAGGAGAAAAACCAUACCGAUGUGAUGUGUGUGGAAAGCGCUUCCGACAGAGAUCCUAUCUUCAGGCCCACCAGAGGGUCCACACUGGGGAGAAACCCUACAAAUGUGAGGAAUGUGGGAAGGUCUUUAGCUGGAGCUCAUACCUGCAGGCGCAUCAGCGGGUCCACACUGGAGAGAAACCCUACAAAUGUGAGGAGUGUGGGAAGGGCUUCAGUUGGAGCUCAAGUCUUAUAAUUCAUCAGCGAAUCCAUGCUGAUGAUGAAAGUGACAAAGACUUCCUUUCAGAGCAUUUGUACAGGAAAUAAACUAUAAAAUACUGUGUUUACGAGGAGGAGCUGGGGCUGCUGGACUCUGUCCAGAGGAAGCUGUACCGAGACGUGAUGCUGGAGAACUUCAGGAACCUGCUCUCCGUGGCCGACCUCAGCUUGUCAGCGGAACUGGCUCACAGUGCCAGAUGGCAGAACGGAGGCAGACACGUUAAUAGCUUCUCCUGGGUCACACUGCUAGGCUCUGUGCUUUCCCAGAAGAAAGACAUCAACAUGAGCACUCUGAAGGAAGCAGUGACCUUCAAGGACGUGGCUGUGGCUUUCACUGAGGAGGAGCUGGGGCUGCUGGAUUCUGCCCAGAGGAAGCUGUACCGAGAUGUGAUGGCGGAAAAUUUCAGGAACCUGCUCUCUGUGGAGCAUCAACUCUUCAAAAGAGGCAGGUCACACGUAGAAAGAAAAGAGAAGCUUUGGAUGAUGAAGGCAGAAAUGCAAAGAGAGAAAAGUUUAGGGAAUAAACAAAGAGAGUUAAGGGCUGUUCAAGACAGAGGAUCCCACGAAGAGUUUUCCUGCUGGCAAAUCUGGCAACAAAUUACAAGUGACUUCAGCAUGUUUCACAACUCCAUGAUAAAUAAUAUUCAAUUCCACAAACAAGACGAUGCCAUCUGCCAUGUUGGGGUAGGACUACGUAUUCAAAUCUCUAAAGAUGAAAACUGUCUAGAAAAUGAUGAAACAGAUGUUCUCAAUAAUACUGGAGAUCCAGAAUUUCCAACUUUCACAAUCCAGGAUUCACGGAGGAAAACUUUGACCGAAUCACAGAAUUAUCAGAAUAGAUGUCAGCAAAUUUCCACGAAACAUAAACUGUAUCAGUAUAAACAAGGUGUUGACCACAUCAGCUGGAUUUCACAUCACCAUGAGGAUUAUAGAGAACACAAAAGUGAAAAAUCUUAUAGCUCCAAUGAUUAUGGGAAAGAUAACAUACAGAUUUCAACAUUUUAUCAAUGUAGGAUGCUUCACCCAGGACAGAAACCUCCCCAGUGUAAGGACUGUGAAAAAGCCUUCAUUGAUCUCUCCAGCUUUGAUGCCCAGCAGCAGUUAAACUCUGGAGAGAAGUCUCAGACAUGUACUGAGUGUAGAAAAGGCCUCCAGGAUAACUCAGUUCUUUGUGUUCAUCAGAGAGCUGACCUGGAAAAACCACAUGAGUGUGAUAAAAAAUUGAGCUCAUAUCUACAGACCCAUCAGAGAGUUCACACAGCAGUGAGACCAUACAAGUGUGAGCAGUGUGGAAAGAAUUUCAGUCAUAGAUCAGCCCUUGGCGUUCAUUGUAAAGUCCACACAGGAGAGAAGCCUUAUAACUGUGAGGAGUGCGGAAGGGCCUUUAGUCAGGCCUUUCAUCUUCAGUCCCAUCAGAGAGUCCACACAGGAGAGAAACCAUACAAAUGUGAGGAAUGUGGGAAGGGUUUUAUUUGUAGCUCAAAUCUUCACAUUCAUCAGAGGGUCCACACAGGAGAAAAACCCUAUAAAUGUGAGGAAUGUGGUAAAGGCUUUAGUCGACCGUCAAGUCUUCAAGCCCAUCAGGGAGCCCACACUGGAGAGAAAUCAUACAUAUGUACUGUGUGUGGUAAAGGCUUUACUCUGAGUUCAAAUCUUCAAGCCCAUGUGAGAGUCCACACUGGAGAGAAACCGUACACAUGUGAGGAGUGUGGGAAGAGCUUCAGGAGGAACUCCCAUUAUCAAGUUCAUCUAGUGGUCCACACAGGAGAGAAGCCCUAUAAAUGUGGGGUAUGUGGGAAGGGGUUUAGUCAGAGUUCUUACCUUCAAAUCCAUCAGAAGGCUCACAGUGUGGAAAAACCAUUUAAGUGUGAAGAGUGCGGGCAGGGCUUCAAUCAGAGCUCACGACUUCAGCUUCACCAACUAGUUCACACUGGAGAGAAACCGUACAAGUGUGAAGACUGUGCAAAGGGAUUCAGCCGGAGAGCAGAUCUUAAAAUCCAUUGCAGAAUUCACACAGGAGAAAAACCGUAUAAUUGUGAGGAGUGUGGGAAGGGCUUCAGGCAGGCCUCAAAUCUUUUGGCCCAUCAGAGAGUCCACAGUGGAGAAAGGCCAUUCAAAUGUGAGGAGUGUGGGAAAAGCUUUGGUCGGAGCUCGCACCUCCAAGCCCAUCAAAAAGUCCACACUGGCGAAAAGCCAUACAAAUGUGAGGAGUGUGGGAAGGGCUUCAAAUGGAGCUUGAAUCUUGACAUGCAUCAGAGGGUCCACACUGGAGAAAAACCAUACAAGUGUGGGGAAUGUGGUAAGUACUUUAGUCAAGCUUCAAGUCUCCAGCUUCACCAGAGUGUGCACACUGGAGAGAAACCAUACAAAUGUGACGUGUGUGGUAAAGUCUUCAGUCGGUCCUCACAACUGCAGUCUCAUCAGAGAGUUCACACGGGGGAGAAGCCUUACACUUGUGAGAUAUGUAGUAAGACCUUCAGUUGGCGAUCAAAUCUUACAAUUCAUCGCAGAACUCAUGUAGGUGAUAAGUCUUAUAAAAGUUAGGAUGGUAAGAAUAGAGAAUCCACACAAAAGAGUUCUAUAAAAUGAUAUUUUUGAAGACUUGACGUGUCGUGAAUUUUUAUACUCACCUCAGAAGAAAACUUACUUGUUUUAGCUAUAGCAAUUCCUGCUAUGAUCGUUCAGGACAUACAACAGAGAAAACUCUUAAAAUUGUAUUAGAAAGAAUGUUGCCCUUUCUCAAAUGUUACUUGGGCCUUGAAAGCACGGUUUCAGGUCUGGAAAAGUGUCACAUCAAAGUUAGCGUUCGCUAGGACUUUUAACUCCAUAAAGGCAAAAAUUGCUGCGUCUGCAUACUCUGCAUUGUCAGGUAGUUCAAAGGUGCCCAGUAUUUGUAAAAUUAGUGAGGAAGUAGGGUAUUUGAAAAUCGUUUUGAGAUUACCCCCAGAAUACUGUGAAUUCGUGUUUAGAAUAGAAAACUUGAAAGUAAUGAAAUUAACUCAGGGAGCUAAGGUGAAACAAAACCGCGCCAUAUUGCAAUCUGUAAUAUGAAUUUGGCAUUGCCCUGUUAUGACUAGCCCUGUACUCCUCAGUCUUAUCAAGUUGACCCAUCUUAUUGAACUUUAGCGUUCUGUUGAUUUUAUACAGUAUGGAUUUAUUUCUCUUGAGAUAACAGAAAAAAUGAAUUUCAUUAAUCUUGUAAUAACGUGGCCACUGCACCUCACUGGGUGUGGUGACUCACCCCUGUAGUCCCAGCACUGAGGUAGUUGAGGCA